AUGGGCGAAGCGACAGUCAGUCAUUUCUUCACAAACAGAGGAAUCUGGGUCAAGAAAAGUGAAGGAGUCAAUUCGGCCGGCUCUUUGAUCAAAGUCGACAGGUGUGAUAUUAGAUCAAGGAGACACUAUAUUAACCGGUACUUAAGAGGUGAAAAGGAAUUUCUCAUUUACGAAUGCGGACUUUGUGGGGAUAAUUUUGUAAACACUACUCUUCUGCUUGAACACGUGAAGAGGCACAACACCCCGAAAAUUUACAAGUGUAGCAUCUGCCAGGCUGUGUUCACAAGUUUUGCAGACUAUUCUUCACACAAGGAGCUGCAUUCGAAAGAGCGCCCGUUGGUCUGCCACCAAUGCAGGAGUACUUUCAAAAGAAAGUUUCUCAUGUGCACUCACAUGAGGACGAUGUCGACAAAAUCUCUCAACGAGUGCCAUAUAUGCGGGCUGGUCUUUAAUGAAAAAGUCGAUUUAUUUUCACAUAUGGGGAGCCACAGCAAAGAAGGCCCUUUCAGGUGCCAUAUGUGCAAGAGGGAAUUCAAAAAACAUACCAACCUGGCCAAACAUCUGAUGGUCACUCAUCUGAGUAAGCUCAAAGGUCGCUGUGGAAUGUGUGAUAUGAACUUUCUGAAUUUGAACUCAUUUGUUAACCAUCUGAGUUGGAUUCAUAAUAUUAAGGUUCGAAUAACUAAGUGUACUAGCUCAGAAUUAUGA